AUGAGGAACAACACGUCUGGGCACAUGCCCGAAAUGGGCGACUGGCCUGCCACUAUGAGUCUCCUGGCUGCGGACCUUGAUUUAUUGACUCUCAAUGAAAAUACCCGACAAGACUCACAGACUGCCACCACUCCUGUCUGCGACGCGAAGAGUCACUCACCUGGAUCCGCACCUACUCUCAAGAAAUCUUCGUCCGAUUCUGAUUUGGGCACGCAUGCUCCUGCUCGAUAUUUUGCUCAGGUUCCUCCAGAUCUGAUUCCUCCUCAGAUUCCUCCUCGAGUUUCUGCUCAGGUUUCUCAGUCUCCCAUUUCUUCAACCCCAUCCUCAUUCAUUUAUUCCCACCAUCAGAGUUCAUCUUCCACUUCCACCAUCCGUCCUUCUGCAAAUCAACGUCUUCAGUUAGCAUCUGGAUACAAUCCUGGAGCUAUUGAAUUUGUGCCCCAGGCCUAUCCUCCCAGCUUUCAAUCCCAAUUCGACCAGUCUCCCCUUGAGACCAUACCUCAAGUCUACCACGAUCCUGUGGACUUUGCUGACCAGUUCCAACCCACAAACGUCUUCGACCCUAACAAAUCUUCACCCAACGCCACCAACAUGGGUUGGCCAUUUGACAUGGGUGUGACCCCCAAUCAUGGGGAGUUCGAGCGUCUUGAGAAUUUCUCGAUCGAGGAGCUCCUUCAGCAAUCGUGCAUCCCGUUUGGUAGCAUUGCCGAGAUGCAGCCACCUUCUCGUAAUGGUGUUCUGAUGAUUUCUAACAUCCCGUACACCGUGACUCGCCAGGAGGUCGCCUCGUUCCUUGGACGCAGUGCUAACCUGCUCCCAUCCACUCAAGGAUGUCCCAUUCACAUCAUCAUGGAACGGUCCACUGGCAAGACCAUGGACUGCUAUGUUGAGUUUCCAACACAUAAAGAUGCUGAAGAUACUGUUAACAGAGUCAGCCGUGCCUAUGAUGCUGGCAGCGCCCCACGUAUGGGCAGCCGCCAUGUUGACAUAGAACUCAGUACCCCAGCCAAGCUACUCAAAGCUGCCUUUCCCCGGGCGAAGUGCAUUUCAUGGGAGGGUGGAAAGCCUGUCCAGCUUGUCAACAAAGACAAUUGGUCUACCGGUUUUGAUGGCUUCCUCACUGACGAGGAGCUCUUCUGUCUGACUCGUCAUGCUGAGCAACCUCACCGGAGUGCAUUUGCUAGCAAGGUUCCUCAACGCUGUUAUGAGUCGUUCAUUACCACACUCUGGAAGUUCCCGUGGUACGCGACCGACCUUUACACUGUUCAUCACCGGAAUGCUCUUUUCCAUACUCUCAAUGCUCUGAUCAAGGCUCUGGUAGAGCGCAUGCAGAGAGGAAACACAGUGGGAUUGGAUAUUCGCCUUCUCAACGAGUUGGUUCAUGCAGGCAUCUCUUGCCCGGCUUUCAACCCACGCAUGAAAUACUGUUUUGCUUGGCAUUCGAAGGAGCAGAGAGCAAUUGAGUCUUUGGACCAUGACUGGUGCCUGUACUUCCCAUUUGAUACUCUCACCUACAUCCCUGGACAGAGUACUGCCGCCUAUCAGUACUAUGCCUAUGUCAUGUCCAACGGUUCUGUUCUACGCACCGAGAAUGACGGUUUGCCGAACAAGCAUACACACCCGGAGAUCGAGCGAAUCUUCGGAAGGUUCUGGUUUGAGUGGGACGACGACGUUGCCCGUAAGAAGGUCUUCAAAGAUGCGAUUAUCUAUGAAGCCAGUGUCUUUCGGAAGUUCAUUAUCACUGGCUUUCAGCAAAUGCACAGAAGAAAAUCCAGUGUCUCGACCAUUGGCACUGCUCCUGGUUCGUCGCCAACUCAAAGUGUCGCCUCAGUUGAUAGCCAGCGCACCAUUUCACAAUCCCGCACUGGCUCUGUGAAUCCCAGCCCUGCUCCUCAGGGAACCUCAACUGUUUCAACUGUCAGCAACAUUACUAGCGGUCCCCGUAACCAUGGUACUAACCGGAAUGUCCCUGGUAAUCCCCGUCGUCUUUCUCAGCAACUUGAUGCUGACCAACACCUGCUGGACACUCCCACUCACCGGCCUCGCGCAUCAAUUCCUCCGUACGUUCCGCCGCACCAACGGUCUGAUACAGCCAAGGCCCGUAAGCCAUCGGUUACCUGGCGCAUGCCUCAAACUCAGGAGGCACCUGCGGUUGGCUCAGCUCAGGGCCAGACUGAUUUCCAGCCCAUGUAUCGUGCUCCCCAUGCGACUGCUCAGAACAUUCGGUCGUCCUCUGAUCCUUUCGGACCUGGCCCUUCGAUUGCUCCCAGUAGCCAUCGCUCUCGCUCCGACGCCGCCCGCCUGUCGAACAUCGAUCGCCAGGUGUUUGAUGAGCUCCGAGCUGCUGGCCGCGGUACCCGAUCCGCAAAGAAGUAA